AUCCCAGUGGCUCAACUCGUACGGCAAGUAAGCAUCAAUAGUUGCUCCUCCUUCGCAGUGAUGAAGUCCCUGAUGACCCGCAUGUCCGAUUCAAACUGGCGCUGCUCACAGCGAGGCCGCUGGCCGGGAAACUCCACCAGGGCGAGGCUGCGGGUCCAGACAUCCGCCGGGAUCCUGGCUGCUCCCGGAUAAACAAGCCGGCUCAGGACAAGCAUGUGUUGCGUCACCUGUUUUUAAAGGUCUUCCGCCCAGUUAUCGAUUGGAGCCAUUCGAUAGCCACAUGCGCUCAACCGCCGAGCAAGUUACCCGAUUGCCCCGACAGCAGUUAAACACACACAACAGAGCAGCGUCGGAAUGCAGGGAUGCCAGGACCCCUGACGGCUGGAUGCCAGGGAACUUCGCUGGUCCGGGAACACUCGAUUGGUAACGCAUGCGCCGUGCGUCCGUGCAACCACGCAGUCCUCGUUCGGCUAGGGCGGAAACGCUUUCCGGUGUAGAUAUACCAGAAAUAUUUCUGCUCUUCUGGCGUUAUGCUGCGUCGGUGGACGAGUGCCGUGUCCUGACUCCUGACUCCAGAAAGCUGUGUAGUGACGAGUGCAAAGCGGAGCGAAUUGAAUUGAAUCUAUAUCCUAAGGACACGGCUAAAUCGGUGAGGUCCUCGAGCUAUGAGCACCUAGACCCGUUAAUUGUGAAACCUUCCUGAAUCGGCAAGCUGCAACAUAGCCACUGAGCUCCGCACAUCUCAAACGGCUGCAGGAUGUUGAUCCGUUGGAAGAGUAAAGAUAAGAGCGCCUCCUCCAACCAGAGCGUCGGUGGCAGCAGCAGCUCCUCGUCGAAGAAGAAGCGCAAGGGUCGAGAAGGCGAAGACUGGCAGAAUGAGGCAAAGUCAGGACGGCUUCCGUCAAAUGAACAGGGUGGCGACGAAAGACGACGAGCCAUGCGACGCGACGAUCCGCGUCGACACACGCUCGGCGGCGAUAUGCUGGUGUACGGCUCGCAGCAUCCACACGCCCAUCAGAUGGCGCCCCAGCAACAGCGGGCCAUGGAUCUGGAGAUGAGUACGCGCGCGCAGAAGAACAAGAAGAACCAACCGAUGCGGGGUUAUGCGCCUGUCAACCAGGGACCGCUGUUCGACGACGAUCCCGGCAUCAUGUCGGAGGUGGAAACGGCCAGCACCGGAUUCCGGAGGGGCGGCAAGCAGCGCUCCUCGCUCCCCGUGGUACGCACGCCCUCGAAAACUCUGGAACGACCGCUGGGCCUGGUCUUUCUGCAGUACCGCUCGGAGACGAAGCGCGCCCUGCUGCCCAACGAGAUCACAUCGAUUGAUACGGUGCGCGCCCUGUUCGUACGCUCGUUUCCGCGCCAGUUGACCAUGUCAUAUCUGGAGGGGCCCAAUGUGAAGAUUUACAUUCACGAUGCCAGCAAGGAUAUGUUCUACGAGCUGGAGGACGUGCGCUCGCAUCUGCGCGAGAUCAGGGACCGUUCCGUGCUGCGUCUCUUUGAGUCCACUGAGGUGGCAGCCCCGCCCCAGAUCCUGCCCGGCGGUCCUGGAAUACCCCAACCCCUGCCGCAGGCGCAGGCCAAUUGGGAUCAGGAUCAGAGCUACUUCAGCGAGCCGGAGUUCGACUCGGACUACAAGCACCAGCAUAUCCACAAAUCAAAGAUUGGCAAACAACCGGCGCCCUACUACGUGGGCUCAUCGCAGACACUGCCGCGAGGCAUGUACUCUUCAGAACGGAACAAGGUGUCGAUGGGAGCGCCUGUGAAACCACUCAGAUCGCUUAAUCCAAGGGGUAGCAUGGAACCCCUGUUCCCCUACACCCCGGAUCAGUUAUACAGCAUUCCAGAUGGAUAUACCAGUUCCCCGGAGCGCAGCAGCCGCGGAAACUACGAGGAGCCGUACUACAGCCAGUACGGAACGAGAGGCGCCGUGGUGGCGCCCAUUAUCGACGAGGAGCAGAGCGAUGGAACCAUGACAGAGGAUCAGUACGCACUGUACGGCAUCAAGGUGGGACCGGGACCCAACCGCCUCACGCAUCGCGGCAACCAGAUCUACGAUCCCACUAGGCCCGAAGACUUGCAUCGGAUUCGCGUGGAGCACAUGGAAAGGCAGCUGGCCAACCUGACGGGACUAGUGCAGAAGGCCCUCGUUAACCAGAACCCCCAGAUUGCCCCGCUGGCCGUGCCCACUCUGGACCCAAACUAUCUGGUCGUGCCGUCGCAGAUGCAAGCCAACGGCUCCGGGGAUGAGCUGUACAUUCGGGAGAAAGCUCCCAAGCUGGGCAAAAACUCGUGCCAAAAAUCCGUGUCCUUUGAGAAGUCCGUGUCAUUUAGCGAUGACAUACAGGGAAUACCAAAGUCUCACAAUCCCCUACAUGCCGCCGAAACGAAGCCAACCAAGCCGGCAAUCAAGUCGUCCACUCUUCCACGCACCUCGUCGCAAGAGCGUGACCGCCUAAAGCCUCCUCCGCCCCCCAAGCCGAUCGUGCUAGCCCAGACCGCUCAUCCCAACUACCGGGCGGACAUUGCCCUGGCUCCCGAGGUGUACAACCAUCUGCGCGGCCUGCAGAAGAAGGCCAAGGACCUGCGCAUGGAGGUGCGCACCCUGAGGCGCCUCUCGCAGGCCCAGGCUGUGGCCGUGCGCGAAGACAUCAAGGGAACCUUCAUGCGGAUUCGCGCUACUCUGCUGGCGAGCAGCGGCAGCUUCUGGGAUCACCAGGGCGACCAGGACGCCACACGCAUUUCGCGCGAGGAGGAGCUCUACAAGCAGGAAGUAAUCCGCCUGGAGAAAGACCUCAGCGACCUGGAGGGGUCCGUUGAGAACCUGCGCGGCGAGGUCAUUAACCGGCGAACACGCGUCAACAUGACGGCCGUGGAAGACAUGGCCCUGGUGCUUAGCCGGGCAAGCAAAACCGUCGCCGAGUUGAAGCUAAAGUUCCCAUCCCUGUCGAAUGGCUUGCGCUGCAUCCUGUCCAACGAGAUGGAGAAAGUGGUGCGAGAAGAAAAGUUCCUCAAAGAAGAGCCCGAUCGCUUGGAGUCGGCGCUACGUCGCUGCAAGAAGCUGACCGGCACACUGGUGACGCUCAAACGCUUGGCCAGCGUGCAGGAGCAACGGCUGCCACCGAACGAGCCGACUAUUAGUGAGGAGCCACCACGAUCCGCGGACAUCUCGGCGGCCGACAAGCCAAUCCCAACACCCAGGAUGGGGUCGUUCGCUCUCAGCGGGGGACUCGCACCCGAAAACGCACUCGAUGCUCUGCUAGAUGAGCUCAAGACAUUCUCCAAGCCCAUCGCCCAACAACAGCAGCAACAGCAGCAGCAGCAGCAGCAACAACAGCAGCACCAGCAACUAUACGAGAUUCGCCCUGAAGAUUCGGCAUCCGACGAAAGCGCCCAGGCCGCAGUACAAAGCACCGUCACCACGCAAAUAUCGCAGGCCCGUCUCUACACGGAGGCGAGCGUCAAUGUGCAGCAAGCGACCACCGGCAGCAUGGUCAUCGCUGUCGCCUCGGGAACUGUUUCGGCCCAAGCUCAAGCCCAGCGAGGAGUGCUCACCCACCAGCAGUCGCAGUCGCAGGCUCAGCUGAUGGUGCACACCAACAUGGGCAGCCUGCGACGCCUGCACUCCUAUCCCAGUGAGUCGGAUGGCGAACUGCCUGGGCCGCCACCGACUGGCCCGCGGGCCAGCGAGACCUCGUCCUCGACCAGCCUGGCCAACGGCGGCAGCAGCAACAAGCCACCCGUGCCCGAGCGAAACGCUGAAUUGAUCACCAAGGUGGGCCACAAGCGCAUCCCGCCACCUCCGCCGCCACGCACCAGCUCACGCAGUCCACUGGCCAGUCCAACCAGCCCGAACGUGCCACCAAACCUGGCCGCCGCAGCCACAGUCAAUUUGAUUCCCAAUUCCAAUUCAAAUGCCAGCGCCAAUGCCAAUGCCAAUACCAAUAGCAAUGCCGCAGGAAACAAGGGCACAGUGGCUGAGACUACGACCGUCGUUAGCGGCGACACCUCAAGCGGGGACAACUCGAGCGGCAACGAGUCCGGCAACGAUCAUGUGCAGCGCCAGGUGGCCCUCGAGAUGCGCCACCAGGAGCUGCUCAAGAAGCAAAAGAUGCUCCAAGAGCAGUACCAGCGGUUGCAGCAGAUGAGCAAGCUGCCCUCGGUGGAUGUAGCAUGCUCCUCCUCCUCCUCCGCGCAGGACAUCGCCAGUGGCAGCAACACACUCCGGAAGCUGGGCAGUGAGACGAACAUCCAGCAGAAGAUAGCCGCAUUGAGUCUAGCCUGCGAGACUAGUGGAGCCGCAGCUGCGGCGGCAGCGGCGGCUGCUGCUGCGGCUACCAAUGGCGGCGUGGUGGCCAGUGAUGCUACGAGCGGUGCGAUCGGCGGUGGUGGUGGUGCUGGAGCUGCAGGGGCGGCUGGUGCGAGCGCUGCUGCUGCACACUCCAACUCCAACUCGAACUCGAAUUCGAAUUUGAACUCCCAACACCAGACAGCCACAACGACCACUAAACAGCUGUACGAGACCGAGAUACUUUAACACAACUGGAAAUUGGCGUGGAACGAAGCUAAAAUUGACAUUUAAUCGGAGCAGUUGGGAUUUUUAUAUCUGAAAUUGCGCACCAGACUAGUCGAGGCCCAAUCAGCACCCAUACCCAUAAUAUGUGGGGACUGCGAUUCCGAAUCCAAAUCCAAAUCCAAUUCCGAUAGAGAAACGUUGGAGGCAUUGACAAAUGAGAACGGAACGAGACGAUAGUUAGGAUUGAAUAUGAAUGGCAAACACCUUUUCGUUUGUUAGGAUGAGCACGGACUAACUCACAGCGUACUUGUAUUUACUAUCAUCUAAUUGUCGUACACAAGUGUGUGUUUGCACAAAUCCAGCAUCCAGCAUACGCAUCCGAUGUACUUUAUGUGUUGUCUGUGAGAACGCAGGGCAAAUGAUCGGAAGCAAAACUAAACGAAAGCAUACAGUAUCGAAUCGAAUCACAAAUCAAAAGACGUAUAAGUAAUUGUGCACCCCCAUAUUAAAAACAAAAAGCAAAAAACAAAAACGGGCAACCGUACAACCCAUGCACCAGAGUAAAAAUGCCCAGAUGAAUGUAUUUAUGUAUGUAUUCGCUUACAUUGAUGUACUUGUUGCAUGUUGUGUUUUUGUUGUUGUUUCGACGAAGUUAUAGGUCAUAUACAUAGUUCGAGAGCAGGAGAUGGACAGGCGUUUGGCGCUGGAGAACAAUAAGUUCUCCAAGACACCAGCACCGUAAUCCCCAGCACAAUGCCACGACACAACCAUAAAUCCCAGUAUCCCUGUAUCCCUGCAUCCCUACAUCCAUACAUGUGGACUAUGUGUUAAGGUCCAGUAGCACCCCCCGCCCCUGAACCACAGUCCAAAGUCUAGAAUCUGAAAACCAGGAUGUGGGACCCAGAGGCCAGGACCUGGCCACAACACAACAUACAACACUUAGAAGCAACCCAUACACCAUACACCGGCAUAGCAAAGCAAAACGCCACACAACACACAGUCGUAGGAGCACAGGCCGAUUGAAGAUUGAAGAUUAACCAUUAUGCACAUGUACAGAUCUACGUAUGUACUUAAAUAAUAUGUCAUAGAUUUUUAUUAUUACCUUGGUAUGGGACGUGAGACUGAUAGUUCUAUAUAUGUAGCUCAUCAAGAUACAAUAUGAAAUACGAUGGCGAAAGCUAAAGAUAUUGUACUUAUUUUUGUUAGAAAGAUGACUAGCUAAUUUUAUCCCCCUUCCCCAAGAGAAGCCACAAACAGCACUCCCUCCAGCCACUGCGUAGUGGAGGCCUCAGCUCGUUAUUCCCGACAGGAUUGGCGGAGAGUGCUGGUGCCCAUCGGACUACCGACGGUUCUAUUGUUUACAUGCUGCACCUAUCAAAUGGGUAACACAUAUGUCCUUAGCUAUAUGCAUUCAACGCUACACGCUACAUCGAACGGUGGCUAGUGGCUGGCCAGCCAGGCCCAAGCCCAGGAUCCAGAGACCCCAAGGCCACGUCCACGGUUAGUUUACACAUGGGCUUUGCCCAGAAACGGGCUUUCCCCCCCACACGAUCGAGUACGCUCUUGACUGCAUUGCAUUGUUUUUUGGAGGAAAGAGCACACUCGUGCACACACAUAGAUUUGUUAACUUUGCUGCCCGGCCAGUAUUAGACUUCAGUAUUAUAGGCUAAUUUACUUUUAAAUAAACUUGUAACACACGACUUGAGAGAAAUUUGUUGCACCUCUGCCACGUUUUAUAUCGAUUAAACACAAACAUGCAUUCCUUAAAUUGUUCAAUUUUCGAAGUCUAAGUGAGGUCUGCUAAGUUCGCCACACCGAUCCCGAUUCAUUCGGGAGCGGAGGGAACUUCACACAUAGGACGAGCGCCGUAGCAUAAGAUCUAACACCAUGCCACACGAACAGGUUGCAAUGAACACUUUAGAGUAUAUGUAUCUGCAUCUGCAUCUGCUAUUCGCUAAUCACAUAUGUAUGUAUAAAUUCAUAGUUCUAUUACAUGUAUAUCCUCCAAUAGCUCAAAUACACCUUCUCCAGGCCACUGCUGAUGCGGAUGCUGACCUUGUGGCCACAAGCACAACAGUGAGCCGUAUCCUUUAUAGGUAGUCCCAGUUUAGAUGCCUCCCGCCCCAUGUGCAAUAGACUUGACAUCAAGACUAAGCGCCAAAACACUUAUGUAACUUAACUUAGGUGCGCGCUCAAGACAUUUACAUACAUGGCAUAUAUACACAAAGACAGAUAUUUACCUAAGUUAGAAGAUUUGUAUUGUUUAUUUAGCGCCAUUCGACGAAAAUGUAUAACAUAUAUAUUUACAUGCAAAACCACGCAACGAAUACACAUUUAAAAGAACAUAUAUACAUGCCUACGAUGAUGAAUACGAUGAUAAUAAAUAUCAACCUAUGCGAAAGGCAGUGUUAAAGAGUCCCCUAAUAAUACCAAGUCAACAUAUUUAAGUAUAAAGUUAAAACAGGGCACGUGGCCAAAUCGAAGGCAUCGUGACCCCACUUAUAUUCCCAAAAGGCACAAUACACCGAAUCACACUCCACUACACAACACUCACAUUCACACUCACUCGCCUACACAGGUAUUUAGCAUCGCGAUCACGAUCACGAUCUAAUAACGAUCAAAUGGCGAUCUAAAACCAAACCAAAACCCUCGCCCCACUGGGAGAAGGGAGAUGCAGAGCUCAAUUCAGAUUGCUGCUGCAUAGGAAGAGUUGGAAGUGCGUAUUUUUUUCUUAAUAAUAAUUAUUCUAUUUAAAUCACAACAAACCACAACAAUAAAUAUCAUUCGUAAAAUGAA